CAGAUUAGCAACACGCAGCCAAUUCAGUGGGAUUUUCGGCAGGAAACUAUUUGCGUAUAUAUACAUGAUACUUGUUACAGUAAUCAACACACUUCGUCUGCUGAAUUGAAGUACAAUGAACACCUACAUAACCUUUGCCCUCCUUUUGGCCGUCGCCGCCACCGCGCACGGCUACGGAUAUGGUGGUUAUGGAGGAUAUGGCGGUUACGGCGGUUACGGCGGUUACGGACACAGUGUGUCAAUUUCGAGUGUGCCAGUCAUCCGUACGGUGAGCGUCCCAGUCGUGCGCAGCUAUGUUAGCUACGGCGGCCAUGGCGGUGGCUACGGCGGCUACGGUGGCUACGGACGAAGCAUCGGCUACGGCUAUGGUGGCUACGGACGUGGCUAUGGAGGUUAUGGAGGUUACAGCCGAGGCUACGGCUACGGCAGAUACCACUAAACCAAACAGACGAAGUCUAAACUCGUUGAUUCUUCCAAUGACUCUUUGAACUAAUAAAUUUCAUUCUCAAAA